AUGUCGUCCCUUUCCGGUCUGACCACGUCAGCCGGCCAGGUGCGGCUCGUGUUCGUCGGGCACAGAGGCGUCGGUCAGAACCGACCUCCCCCAGUCGCCACCGCGGCGACCGAAACUGUGUUGGCGGGAACGGGAGCUUGUAGUGUCUCACCAGGCAUUCGAGAGAACACGGUUCUGUCAAUGAAGCGAGCGGCGAAAUUGGGCGUAGAUUUUGUGGAGUUUGAUGUUCAGGUGACUAAGGACGGCGUCCCUGUCAUCUUUCACGAUAAUCACAUCCUCACUGCAGACGGGCUUGACUGCAAGAUCGCUGACCUCACACUCUCUGAGUUCCAGGCAAUCGGGCCGUCACAGACCCCGGGAAAGAUGGGCAUGCAGCUGAUUAGGAGACGCAGGGACGGCAGCACGUACACGUGGGUGGCAGAGGAGGAGGACGCCAUGCCGACCCUGGUUGACCUGUUUGACCGCGUUGACCCUGCCAUAGGGUUCAACGUGGAGGUCAAAUUCGCUGCUGACGACUCAAAGGAUGCCGGGGGGCCUGCUGAGAUUGAUCGAAUCCUCUCAGCCUUGCUCCCUGUGAGUUUGUCAGUCUGCUUGGCUCCCUCUGUGUCUGUCUCUCACCCUUUCUCCCUCUGA